AUGGGCGCUCGAUUGUCGCUUCUAGCUCCCUCGGCCCCAACCGUGGCAAUCAGCUCCUAUGUCGAUAUCCUCCAGUCGUUCCAGUACAUCGAUCUCCUCAACAAUCCCCGGUUCCUCAAAACUAUCCGUGCCAUCGACAACUCCAAUGGCAACCUCGUGAUCAUCAAGAUCCUCAUCAAGCCGUCGUCUACCCCUGGCGGGCUCCAGCUCGACCAGGUCAUCGAGCUUCUCACCAAGCAGGCGUCACUCUUGGCCCAGUUCAACCACGUCUUGCCCUGGCACAAGCUCAUCGAAACAGACCGUGCUGGCUACUUAAUCAGACAGAUGCUCAAGACAAACCUUUAUGACAGGCUUUCCAUCCGUCCCUUUCUCGAGCCCAUCGAGAAGAAGUUCAUGGUGUACCAGAUGCUCAAAAUCAUCGAAGACUGCCACCGUCUAGGCAUCCACCAUGGAGAUCUCAAGUUGGAGAAUUUCGUCGUCACGUCAUGGAACUGGCUCAUGUUGAGUGAUUUCGCCAGCUACACUAAACCCGUAUACUUGCCUGAGGAUAACCCCUCCCAGUUCUCGUUCUACUUUGACUCCUCCGAUAGAAGAGUGUGUUACUUGGCCCCAGAACGCUUCUACAACUCGUCAAAAGAGUCAAGGGGCCAGACAAUUAAUGACGACGGACAAUACGCCGGAAAGGACGGUUUGACGGACCAAAUGGACCUUUUCAGCUUGGGGUGUGUGAUUGCAGAACUAUACUUGGAUGGCGAACCAACCUUCACGUUGUCCCAACUCUUCAAAUUCGUUAAGAGUGAAUACAAGCCCGACUUAAGCACAAUUCACGACAGCGAAAUCAGGAGCUUGAUAGAGGUGUUGAUCCAACGCAACCCCAACAAAAGGCCGUCGGCUGAAGACUUAUUGCAUUCACUCCACCAAAAGUGCUUUCCACCGUUCUUUUACGACUUCUUGUACCAGUUCAUGUCGGACUUGAACGACAACUCGUUGUAUGAAAUUCCACUGGGAAACUCGAGCAUCUCAAUCAAUGAUUUGAAAAUAGACAAGAUUUACCGGAGCUUUGAUAAAAUCGCCGAAGCUCUUGGCUUCGAAUACGAAAGAGAGGAACAGGAUAACGAUUCUGCAUUCGUCCCAAUCAAGCUUAAUUUACCGGGAAUGCCUAACAAUUAUCACAUCAAACCUUUUAAUUUCUCCGAGAAACUGGGGCAAGCAUCUCUCAUAAUUUUGGGUGUCAUCUUCUCGUUGAUGAGAAGCACCAAGCAGGUCUCAUCAAAGAUAAAAGCUUGUGAAUUAAUUGUGGCUUUCUCUGAACGGAUUAAUGAUGAAUGCAAGCUCGACCGUUCCAUUCCUUAUCUUAGUUCCUUACUCAACGAGUUUAUUGAGGACUCAUAUCAGGCUUCCAACAAUCAGAAUACAUCCACAUUAUCAUCAAGGGUUGUAUGUACUGCUUUAACAAGCAUUACCACCUUGUUACUAUCCUGCACUUACAUCACACCUAUCAACGUAUUGAUGUUCCCUGAAUACCUACUCCCAAAGUUAUCAUCAUUGAUGGCUCUGAACUAUCCAUUAAAAGAGAAGGAUACCAUAAAAGUUACUUUAGCCAGCUGCUUACCAUAUCUAGCUAGUGUAUCAAAAAAAUUCUGGAUGAUGUCGAAGACUUUCAAGUCCGAGAACCAUCUUGGUGCAAGCACAAAUGAAGGAAACCAACAAUUCUUGAUAAAUCAAGACUCAGCAAACCUACCUUCGUCAGGAUUCACAAUACCUAAGUCCCAACUAGAUGCAGAUUUUGAAAAUCUUACAUUUACUUUACUCACAGAUUCCAACCCCGUGGUUAAGAUUAGUCUCCUCAAUAAUGUCCUUCCCUUGUGUCAGUUUUUUGGGGUAGACAAGACUAAUGACAUCAUAUUGCCCCAUUUAAUCACCUAUCUCAACGACCCCAACUUCCACUUAAGAUUGGUCUUCUUGUCCUCGGUACUAAAGAUCGGUCAGUACGUGGGGGUAUUGUCGUUUGAGCAAUAUUUAUUGCCAUUGUUGAUCCAAACAUUGAGGGAUCUGGAACAGUUCGUUGUUCUUAAAGUGCUCGAGAUCUUUAAUGAGUUUGUUCUGAAUCGUUUAAUUAAUCCCAAGACCGAGUUUAAUGCUUUGGAAAUCUAUAAGGAGUUAUUGGUGAACUCCAUUAACCUUUUAUUACAUCCCAAUGAGUGGAUCAGGCAGGCUGUUAUGAAUCUAAUAAUUUCCAUAAGUGAUAAUUUGAGUGCUGCAGAUCGUUAUUGCUUUUUGUAUCCUUUGAUUAAAGGCUUUUUGAGCUACGAUUUGUCUACCUUCACCUGGGAUUCUUUAUACCCAUGUAUAACAAAGCCUUUGUCAAGACAGGUGUAUGAUUUGGCAACCACCUGGUCUUUGAAUGCAACUCCAAAAUCAUUAUUCUGGCAACAAAAGAACUUCUCCACGUUAUCUCAAUUGAACUCCGCAAAGAAAUCGGUUGUAUCAUUCACCAAGAAUAUGGGAAAUUCUGUCUAUUUGCCCAGACUAAAUAGUGAAGUGGUAUUUCCUCUUUCCAAUGGUAACAAAUCUUCAGUUCCCUUGUCUCCUGAAGACAAGCAAUGGUUGAUAAAGUUGAAAUCUGUGGGCUUAGAAGAUCGGGACCUCUGGAAAGUAUUUGUCUUACGUGAUUAUAUUUAUCAUGUAUGCAGAAAUGGACACGGAAAAUCGAAUUCUACCGACCUCAGUGGAUUCAGUUCGUUAUCAAAUACUCAACUAGUUCCUAGGAACGUAUUUUUUGAUGUGUCUUAUAAAUCAGAGUCUUUGUCAGCAGGAUCUAGAACAACAGAAUCAAACGUGGAGCUGCUGAUGAAUCCCGAUGAUUCGAUUUCCUUAAGAGAUUUUGAUUCUGGAAAAGGGAUGUCAAAUUUACUAAUUUUACCCAACUUUGCUCGAGUUAAAGCAUCAAUUCAAACUGUGGAAGCAAAUGUAUUUGGUGAGCUAGAGAUGAGCCACGACAGUAAUGGAAACUCAAGCCAUAUUGGGCAUCACAAUGGAACACAUGACUCCAAUUCACAUAAGGUUUUCAGUGUGAACAGCUCCAAAAUUAUCACAGUCAAUCUUAAACAUAGUUAUACUGGAUAUAACCCCUUCAUUUUGAAUUAUUUGAACAAUCUUGAGUUUGAGCCCUCUUUGAACAACUUCUCUGAAUUUGGCAAUUUAGUGGGAUCAGAGGUAAAAUCAAAGCUCUCGAAAGAAUCAGCUGAGCAUUGGACACCAAAAGGAAUAUUGGUAACUCAAGUCAAGAGUACUCAAGCUGGCGGAGAAAUAGACGGAGUAAACUGUGUUGAGGUAUGCCCCACCUCAGAAUUCUUCAUUUCCGGGUCCGACAGUGGUCUUUUGAAAGUAUGGAACACUGCCAAGCUUGAGAAGAUAAUUACUGUGUUGAAUCCAAGCUUGACUGUUGACUUGAAAUCUUCAAUCACUAGCAUCAGAUUUCUUCCUAAUCGAUUUGUGUUCUCAGUGACCACUGUUGAUGGAAUUACCCGUUUAUACAGAGUUGAUGUGAUUCGAAAUAAGGCCAAGAAGAUUACUAAAUUCUCCAAGUUGACGAUAAUUCGAAAGUUUGAGUUAGAUGUUGACACCGAUGGAUACAUUCUCAAAAGCGAUUUCUUGGUUAACGAUAAGCAAUCAUUGAUGGUUGGAAUCACCUCGUGUUCGAAAAUAGUUGGAUAUGAUAUCAUCAGACUGGAAAAAUCUUUUGAAGUGCAGAAUCCUUUGAUUCAUGGUCUGACUACCACCUUCAUGUUUCAAGAGAAAAAUAUGUGGCUAUUGGUGGGGACAAGCAAAGGUGUGCUCAGUUUGUGGGAUAUCAGGUUCCACCUCUUGGUGAAGAGCUGGAAGGUCCAAUUGAAACAGCCAGAUGAUACAUUCCGAAACACCCCUUUUGCAAUCAGGAAAUUGAUUGCGCUUCCUAAGAGCUACCAACUUGGUACCCAGUCGGAGGCCAGCUAUUUUGCCAUGAUUGGCGGUAGUGGCGAAUCGGACAUUACAGUAUGGGAGGUGCCAGCAUUUGAGUGCAAGCAAGUUUUCAGCUCACAGGUAGAAACGCCAUACGUCAAGAAUUAUUCGUUGAUCGAAAUCAGUAAUGACACUCAAGAUUACACCAUUGACAGUAUUCUCGAAUCGCUCGAGAUCGAAUUUGCCACUAAUGAUCCUUUCGAAAACGAAAAUACUCCAGACAAUAAGAGCUUCACUGCGUUCAAGUACAUGGCGAGCCAAAGUCAUGGGUACUUCUUGAGCUCGACGUGGAAUCAGCGCUUGAUCCUCUGGAACCUCACCAGCAUUGCAGAUUCAGUUUCCGUCAACUGUGAGUACGAGACCAAAUUCAUAAGCAAUACCUUCAAGCGACAGACGUUGACGUUGGUCAAUGAGAUGUUUGAGAAAAAGAAGGAGCCCGUCAAGUCAGGUUACAAGAAGGAAGCCUAUGGGUUGGAGGAGGUCUCCAGCAACCAGAUAGAUGCUGUGCGGACCAACCAGGACAUGGUCACCGACUUGGGAAUUCUCACCAGGCCAUUCGAGAUGGCGGUGUCUGUGGACCGAAACGGGUGUAUCAAUGUGUACAAGUGA